UCUAAACAAAACGAAAACAAAUGGGUAAAAGUCAACAAUCAGUAUAAGAGAAGCACCGAAGAAUAGUAUCCUUUUAUCUAAAAGUUGGAUCAAAAAUUUAGAAAAGUAAGCCAUAAUGGAAAACGACGAAUCUUCAGAGGAACGUUUGGGAGAGAUUCCGAUCGACCCGGCGGAACCAUCAUCCUCGAGGGCGACAGUACGCGAUGAGGGACACAUUCAGCGGCUGGGUAGGAUGCGAUUUGUCCAACCGUCCAUUGCCGAAGAGGAGAUUCAAGACGGAGGAGAGCAAGCAGUUCCGGGUGCAGCGAUCCGGGAUGCCAACGAGCAACAACGAGAAGCCCCGGAAGCAAUGGACGGUGACGAUACCAGUGGAAGUAGCAGUUCGAGCAGUAGUAAUUCGUCGGAAAAUGGGCUGGACGAAUCGGAUGCGGAUCGACUGUUUGAUGACUACAUACACACACGCGAGCAGCAACAAUCGACUGCGGCUGAAAUUUACAACAUUGAGCUACCAACGGAACAUGCUUAUCUUGGCAAAUUGGAACGGGUUGAAGGUGUGGACUAUCUAGAACCAGGAAAGGUCUACCGUCUUCCCAUCUGUAGCCACAACUCGAUAGUGUUUCCGGGAGAGAUAGUGCCGAUGAUUUUGAACGCUGCAACACUGAAUUGCAACGAUCCUUCCGAUGGCGUCAAGUUUGGUUUAGUAUUCAGGACGACCUUUCCCGAUCGAUUCAUCUAUGGGGUCACAUGUCAAGUAUUCGAACGAGGUGAGCGAGAUCUGAGUGGGUCGAUAGUGCUGAAGGCGAUUGCCCAGCAGAGGUUCCACACGGUGAGGCAUCUACCCGGGAGAAGGGCGGAUAUUCUCAUUCUGCCCGAGAUUCUACUGCCCGAUCCGUUGCUUAGCAGCUGUUCUAAUUUAAUGAAGCGUCAUGCGUUUUGUAACAGCAAAAAAUACUCGCAUCGAUUUAAGGCGUUCCUCUCUCACGCGAUGGUAUGGCCAAAAUUUGUCUACGAUCAGUACGGUACGGAGGAAGUGUUAACCAAAGUGGAUCGAUAUCUAGCGUUCCUGAAGAUUGUAAGCGUUCCCAGUGAUCCGGUGAAGCUGUCCUUCUGGCUGGCCAGAAACAUACCGAUCGAUGAACGUGACCGAAAAUUGAUCUACCAAGCGGAUGCCGUCAUUAGUCGGAUGUUGGUCAUCAACAAAUCCCUAGAUCACAUGUGCUAUUUCAUCUGCAAGCGUUGCGAAAGUGAGAUUGGAAGCUACAAUGACAUCUUCGCAAUGAGCAAACAAGGAAUACAGACGAGCUACUGCAACCCGUCCGGUUACGUGCACGAGACACUCACCAUCUACAAGACGAAGGAAAAUUCAACCUUUACCGUGGAUCGACCAUCCACGGAGUUUAGCUGGUUCCCGGGGUACUCGUGGCAGAUUACGCUCUGUGCAAACUGUCGCCAGCAUCUGGGUUGGAGAUUCGUGGCAACCAAGAAAAAUUAUCUACCGAAAAGUUUUUACGGUUUGUCCGGGAACAGUAUCAAGGUGAAGUCCGUGACCGAGGUUGCUGUCAGCGAAGACGAAGACAACGAAGCACCAUCCCGAUCGAUGGAAGAGGACCACAUCGAUAACGAUGAAGAUAUUGGGAUUGUGUAUGAAGUGAUCGGCAUAGUUGGCAUUGACGCAGAACGGGAGCUGGCCAUUGCGGCCGAUCUGCCGCCUCAGCAGGAGAUGAUUGCCGAUGACACAGAGGACGAGGACGAUGAAGAGGUGGAAGAAGAUGAAGACCGAUUCGAGGAUGCCAGGGAGUAG